AUGAAUCACGAGGAGAUAUCAUCUUGCACUGUGGAAACCGCAGAUGGAGGAAAAUGUAUCAGCUGUAAACGUCAACAAGUAGAUAGUGCGUGCAGUUGGUUUGUGUGCACUCUUGGUCUGAUAUCAAGUAUUUUGAUUCUUGGAUUCGUGUUUAGCUUUGGGGUAUUGAAUCCUGUCUUUUUAGAGGAGUUUCGACGGGGAAAAGCUCGCACAGCAUGGGUGGGAUCCCUGUGCAUGGCGUGUGCGUCGUUCUUUGGACCUUUGGCGGCAAAACUGUGUGAUCGGCUUGGCUGCCAGGCCGUCAGCAUAUGCGGCGCUUUGAUAUGCAUCGCUAGCCUUUCGGCCAGCUCUCUAGUGCCCUACAUGUGGAUGUUAUACUUAACAUACAGCUGUUUGUAUGGAUUUGGCGCUAGCUGUGUUCACACUGCUCUGUUUCUAGUGGUGUCUGCGUCUUUUGAUAAGGGACGAUCUUUAGCCACAGGGACUCUUGUGGCGGGUCAUGCUGCAGGCAUCAUGAUCGUGUCUCCUGUUUUACAGAUUUUACUUGAUAAUUUCAGUUGGCGAACUUCAUUUCUCAUAUGGGCCGGUUUGACUUCCCCCGUGUGUGUAUUUGGCUUCUUUUUCCAUAGCAACUUGAAGAAAGGCCCCGGUUAUCGAAGAAGGUCAACAAACGAUCAGGAUGAGAGUUAUUCGCAAAAAUUUUCAAUCUGGAGACAUCCGCCGUUUGUAGUUUAUACAGUGUCAACUACCAUUUUGUAUCUUGGACUUCAUAUUCCACAAGUUCAUAUGGCAAGCUUCUGCAGAGAUCUUGGUAUCCAAAGUAAACAAUCUUCGAUGUUGUAUCUCGGGUUUGGACUUGCUUCAGUGAUAGCCAGAUUGGUUGUUGGAAAACUAUGUGACAAGAGAUUUCACGCACAGCACAUCUUCCAGGUAGCAGGAUUUGUGAUGGGUGGCGCCACACUGCUGUGCCCCGUUAGCUCCAGGAGUUAUGCUCUUCUCAUGGUCUAUUUCGUGACCUUUGGUUUCGCAGAGGGGUCAUCGGCCACGCCCAUCAAUUAUCUUAUUUUAAACUGUGUACCUGUCACUCAUCGUUCCAAGUCCUUUGGUUUCUGGUUAUUUUUCUUAUCUUUGACUAUGGCUGUUGGACCUCCGUUUGCAGGUUUCAUUGCAGACGAGUUAGGAUCGUACAUACCUGCUUUCUACAUGUCUGGCUCGCUCAUAAUGAGCAGCGCGGUCGUAGUAUUUAUCCUACGUUAUUUCAAAAAACGAGGUGAUCUGCCGAAGAAUGAUGGCCAGACGCAAAUGAAGGUCUCGCCUGAGGAAAGUAAGACCGUGCUGUAACCCUCCUUUGCGAGGAAAUUGUACGGGUUUUGUUCUUUGUGCACAUCGUUCUGGCUCCUCUCGUUCGCUAAGGCCUCACGCGGGGUAUAUUUUCCAUUGCACAAAUCAUUUUCUGCUGCGUUGGAGUAUGUAUCACAAAAUCACAAAAUCCGUUAGCCUGUUUCAGAAUCUCGGUUUAUGGACAAGAGUAAAACAGCAAGCGGGCGACCCUGGUAGCGUGGUUCACAACGAAAAACAGCAUCUUUUCUUUCCGACAUCCCCACCACCCGUUCCCAGUCGUCUCCAAAAUGUGAAAUGUGUGCAGAGCUUAAGUAGGAGAGUUACGAAAGACGGAAAGGAGGAAACAACAUCGUCUUCUCCUCUCGC